CAUGGUUCGUGUUCAAAACAUAAAUCUUCGGCAAAACUUACUUGAGCUGUGCAAGUGUCGGAGGUGAAUGAGCAUCUCUCGUUUCUGCCGGUCCUUAGGUUUAUGCCUACAGACCAUGCCCAAAUUUCACUACGCCGUCAGGAGUGGACGAAGUGUAGGAGUCUUUAAUUCAUGGGAUGAAUGCAGCACCCAAGUCAAUGGCUACGGAGGUGCCCGCUACAAGAAGUUCGGCACGGCACAAGAAGCCUGGGACUUUGUGAAUGCGGAGAGAGAUCCCAACCCUCAUUUCAGUCAGUCCAGUCAGCCAGCGAGACAGUAUAACAAGGGCUGUUCAUAUCCAUCGUAUGGUUAUAAGACUAAGCGAGCACCCGCAUCAACGAGCUAUGCAGCAGCCUCAUUGGGCUCAGACUAUUCCUUUACACCAGAGCCGGCGCCAGUUUUUACACCCGAGUACACACAUCCGAUGAGUUACUCAAACAAAAGAAAGCACGAACCACCAGCUGAAGAAAGUUACAGCAACUCUUACAAGAAAGCAAGAAAUUACAGAACUGGCUCUGCUUCAUCUUACAGCUCAUCGGUAUCAUCAUCGACAUCAUCAUCACCAUCACCAUCGUCAUCAUCUGGAAACUCAGCUGGAAGUGGUCGAGCAGUUGUGUACACCGAUGGGUCCUGUGAAAGCAAUGGUCGCAGGGGUGCCCGGGCCGGUGUGGGCGUGUAUUGGGGGGACAAUAACCCAUACAACACCAGUGAGAGACUUGACGGCAGACAGACCAACCAGCGAGCUGAAAUCGCGGCUGCCAUUCGUGCUGUGGAAACAGCGAAAUCAAGGAAUAUCAAGGAACUCACAUUGUACACCGACAGCAAGUACACAAUGAAUUCCAUGAAUGACUGGAUCCAUCGCUGGAAAGUCAAUGGUUGGAAGACAGCUGGCAAGAAGGACGUCUUGAACAAACAGGAACUUCAAACCUUAGACGGUCUUUGCCAGGAAGUGAAUGUAGAUUGGAAAUACGUGCCUGGUCAUGCCAACAUCAAAGGCAACGAAGAAGCAGACUCACUGGCAAGAGCUGGAGCAAGAAUGCCGCCUCUCUGAAGAUAUGAAGGCUAAGGCCUACAAGUUGAAGGUCACAUUAUUAUUGUAAAGAGCCCUCUAGUGACGAUUGUUACUUUAUUUACUAAAUUUGCCUAUAGGAAUUAAUAUUUCUGUUAGUGCAACAAGCAUGGGCCAAAAGCAUGAGUGUGUUUAUUCCACAUAAGAUGUCUGUUGUUCAGUUUGCUAGACUUGAACUUUAGUCCGAAGCCAUAGGACUAUCAUUUCCACUUAAGUUUUCUUUGCUAUGUAAACUUAACGUUCGUUUAUCUAUAAAUCGUUUAUAAAUAUAAAAAGCCGACACAUAGUAUUUAUUUUGUUGAAAGAUUCAAUGUUUGUAAGAAGGUUUUGACUUAAGGUUAAAAAGGAACAAAAGUCUGUCGAUAAAAUAAAACAAAACACAAUGCAAUCAUCAACAUGGAUUAAGAUUUUAUCUUUUCAGGGGUUGAAACUUUAUCCAGCUUGAGUUUCCAUUCUGAGGAUAGUUAGAGAUAUUGAAAACUCGGGGGGGGGGGGCUAACAAGUAUACUAACAUGAUUUCUAAACACAAAUUGCACUUUUUGUACACAUUUUAUUGCAUAUCAAGAAAAUCAAACUCGCUUUAAAAAAAAAUCUGGUGUAUUAAGGCAUACAUACAGAGAAAUGUGAUGUUUAAAGCAAAAACUAUCUUUUGUAACUUGGAGAUUAAAAUAAAAAGCAGGAAUA